AUGGCAGAAGAACAGUAUGGAAAAUUCACUUCAAGCUUGUCAGAGGCAAGUCUUGAGAAAGCUGCUACAGAACUGAAUGAAAAUCCCAGCACAAGAGACUUGGAGAUCAAGACUUUAAGAGAAAGAGUCAAAUCAUAUCCAGGUUUGAAGGCUAGAUUGGAUUCAGCAUUCCUAUUACGAUUUCUAAGAGCCAAGAAAUUCGACCAAGAACGAGCUUUCAAGACACUACUUUCAUUUUACCAAAUGCGUGUAGACAGUACAGACUUGUUCAAGGAUAUGGUGCCCUCUUCUGUCAAGUCUAUUCUGGAUAAUCAAGCCGUUGGUGUGUUAGAUCAUCCAGACAAAGAGGGAAGGAAGGUUAUUAUUGUUAGACCAGGUAAGUGUAAAUGGAAUCCAAAUGAAGCACCAGUUAAUGAUAUGUUUAAAACGUUAUAUCUGACGCUUAGUAAAGUUAUUGAGGAUGAAGAGAUACAGAUACAUGGUUUGGCUGUGAUUGUGGAGCUAGGUGAAAUCAGCUGGACCCAUGCUAAAGCUAUAUCUCCUCUCUAUGCUAAAAGGAUGUCCGGUCUGUUACAGGAAGCAUUCCCUGCUAGAAUAAAAUCUAUCCAUUAUGUUAACGAACCAGUUUUCUUUGAUGUUAUAUUUGCCAUCAUUAAACAAUUUUUAAAAGAAAAAAUCUUAAAACGGUUACAUUUCCAUGGUAAGAAUGUGACAGAACUACAUGAGUACAUCGACCCCCAGUAUUUACCAGAAGAAUUCCAAGGUCAAGGUCCCAAAUUUUCCACAACGGUAUGUAUGGAAUUCAAGUUAUUUGAUUAUAGUGAACCAUAA